AAUCUGUAACAGAGCCCUAAAUACAGAAAGGGUUUUAUUGCAGGAACAAUGUUAAUACUAAAAACUUAAACGUUUCUAAUGAAGGGGUGUGUUCACAGUGGCUGGAGCCUUUUGUAUCUCGACAUCCUGAUUGUGUCUCAGACCAACCACAGUGCCGUUAAAGCAGCUGAAUUCUUCCUCUUCCUGCUCUGAGGGGAAGAACAAUAAAUAGAGUGCGGUUGACCACAGUCAGAGAAGCAGGCGGAGUUCAUUAUGACUUUGCUUCGGUGCAUCUCACUGCUCUCAUAACUGAAAAGGGCCGUAAAGAUGAAUUUAGCAUGUGCUCUUAUUUUCAUGCAGCUCGUUGAAGCCUCUGCAGAGCUGAUCUUCAGGCGUCUCACGGAGAACCAGUCACUGGAGCUCUCCUGCCCUCUUCAGCGGGACCUCGGCAGCCUGAGGGGCCUCCACCUGUACCACCGCGGGGCCCAGAGCCAGACCACCCUGCUGUCCAUGGCAGAGGGCGGCGAGCUCAGGGUGGACCCAGAGCGCAGGGGGCGUCUGAAGCUGUGUGGGGGGCUGGACUCCCUGCGGGUCAAUGUGACCAUAACCCACUUACAGCACAGCGACACAGGACUGUACAUGUGGGAGCUGAGCUUCAGGGGGGAGGACCUCAUGCCCAGUAACAAUCAGCUCUUCUUGCUGGUUGAAGGGGGAGGGAGGCCGUGCCAGUGCUCUCCCAGUUACCCCCCUCUGCUCCUCACCAUCUUUGCAGCAGCAGGACUCAUCGGGCUCACACUCACUUGGCUGGCCACAGACAGAUGUCUGAAGGCGAGGCGUCAUCACAGACCACAACCUCCUGUUCCCAUCUAUGAGGAAAUGACCAGGAAGCAGCAGAGCGCCGCAGUGCCCCAAAAUAACCUGGAGGACCCGUCACACCUGGAGGAAGACAACUUCCCCUUGUACGCAAACCCCAACAUCCGGCAACCACAGGACAACUACUACGCCUGCCCCAGAGAGCUCUCCCUCAGAGCCUGACCUGAAUGCUGGCUUUGAACUAAUGGUGCGGUACAGGAAGUGACACGUGACCUGAGAGCUGCGGCCCGUUCAGUGGUCCUCUCAGUGCGGUGCAACAAAGGCGGAGAGCGAGACGAGCAGGCAAAUAACCAAAUGUCACGUUUUUUUAACAGCCAAGAAAAACGAUGCUAUUUUAUUAAUAUUUGAAAGAAGCUCCAUAGUUCAUGAAAACAUUUGUUUCGGUGCAUGUCAUUUAACAAUCACAUUCUAUGAGGAGAAAGAGAUAUACAGAGAGAGAAAAAUAAAACAUUACAAGCCACUGACUUCUCAUUAAAUCUCAGUACAGACAUUUUUACUUAAUAUUUCAAA